AAACUGUUGGUCUAAAUAAAACCCACUUGCCAAGUUAUUAAACGCAACGAUUGUACUUUAACCUUUAUUCUCGAACCGCAUAUUUAUAUUGCAGCACAAUCUCCACUAGAUCGGUAGACAACACACGAAUUUAAUAAAAUGUCUCUCGUGAAAUUAAGCAGAUCUCUUUUAAACAAAGGGAUUAACAAGAAUUUUAAUGAAAUAUUAAGUGUGGGUGUGCAACAAAAAAUUUCUUCUCAGAAAUUUUCAUCAAGCUUGCUUAAAACGCAGCCAAAAAUCUUAAACAUUCCUAAAUGCGUCUCCAUCCCUUUUAUAAGCAACUAUUCAACUGAUAAAGGGAAAGUUGAAGUUUUAUUUCAAACCGUCCAACAAAGUUUAACACCGGAAUUGGUUAAAAAAGUUAAUUCGAUUUAUCAAUUUGAUUUAUCUGGUGACGAAAAAGGAAAAUGGUUCUUAGAUUUGAAAGGUGAAACUGGAAAAUAUGGAAAAGGAGAGCCACCACAACCAGCCGAUGUAACUCUAACAAUGGACAGUAAGAAUUUUUUGAAAAUGUUCGAUGGUAAACUAAAACCCACAACGGCUUACAUGACGGGAAAAUUGAAAAUUAAAGGAAAUUUGCAGGUUGCUCUAAAACUUGAUAAGAUUAUGGGUGAACUUAAAAAAUAAGUUUGAUUUUAGAUAGAAAUAUAAAUAAUUUAGUUUCAAAUUUAAAUAUAAUUAAAAGAAAAU